AUCAUUAUUCGGCAAACAAACGCUUCUGAGUUCUGGCUUUUUCCAACACGGAGAGAACACAGAAGCAAGAAGAGUUCUCGUUGGACAUGGAAGGAGAAGAAGACGAGGACGAGAUAGUUUGCUUGGACCAAUCUUUCUUCAUCAAUGACGAUUACCAGCUAACGAAUUUUACAUUUGGGUCUCAAGUUAUUCAACUAUUUUGCCUCCACUCUGCUUCUACUGAUUAUGAUUUGACGGGACAAUUGGUUUGGCCUGGCGCCAUGCUGUUGAAUGAUUGCCUUUCAAAGAAUGCUGAGAUGCUCCAAGGAUGUUCUGUUAUCGAAUUAGGCUCUGGUGUUGGAAUUACUGGAAUACUUUGCAGCAGAUUUUGCCAUGAUUUUGUCUUGACAGACCAUAAUGAUGAAGUGCUCAAGAUACUGAAGAAAAAUAUAGAGCUGCAUGCAUCUCCUGAAAAUCCAAAUUGUUGUACUGGAUUAGUAGCUGAGAAGCUAGAAUGGGGAAAUAUUGAUCAGAUCAACCAAAUUCUACAAAAUCAUUCGGGAGGGUUUGAUUUAGUUCUUGGAGCUGACAUAUGCUUCCAACAAUCCAGCAUUCCUUUGCUUUAUGACACCGUGAAACAUCUCCUUCAAAUAAGAGGGAAAGGACGGUGCAAAUUCAUACUUGCCUAUGUAUCCCGAACUAAGAUCAUGGAUUCAUUGGUCAUUAAUGAAGCUAUUCAGCAUGGACUGAAAAUAACUGAAGUAGCUGGGACACGAUGUGUGGUUGGGAAUCUUAAUGGAACCAUCUUUGAGAUCACCCUUCAAUAGAAACACGAGAUAUUUGGAGCAAAUACUUCCUCAUUAUGAAAUCAGCUUGUAAGACCAUAUGGUUGGGAAGUGGUGCCUGCAAAAGUUGACCUUGUCUGUCAUUUGACCAAAAUUAAAGUGCUUCAAUUUAAUGGUAUUUGGAUGAUUGAAUCUCAA